AUGGAUGGGGAGAAUCGUAUCAUUUUGAACGUUGGCGGCAUAAGAUACGAAACCUAUAAGGCUACGUUAAAAAAAAUACCAGCGACGCGGCUUUCCAGGCUAACGGAGGCCCUGGCCAACUACGACCCAGUCCUCAACGAGUACUUCUUCGACAGGCAUCCGGGGGUCUUCGCACAGGUUCUCAAUUAUUACAGAACUGGUAAACUCCACUACCCCACAAAUGUGUGCGGGCCGUUGUUCGAGGAGGAGCUGGAGUUCUGGGGGCUGGACUCCAACCAGGUGGAGCCUUGCUGCUGGUCCACGUACAGCAUACACCGAGAUACACAGAACACCCUGGCGAUUUUGGACAAGUUGGACAUCGACAGCGAAAAGCCCUCGGAGGAAGAAAUCGCAAGGCUGUUCGGGUAUGAAGAGGCGUACCUCAACGGAGAGUUGGGUGCAUGGCAGAGGGUCAAACCCAAGGUGUGGGCGUUGUUCGACGAACCAUCCAGCUCACCCACCGCAAAGGUGAUAUCAGCCAUGUCGGUGUUCUUCAUCUGCAUAUCGGUGCUGUGCUUCUGUUUGAAGACGCAUCCAGACCUGCGGGUCCUGGAGCCUUUACUGGCCUACUCGGAGAACACCACGGCAAUAGUGGCGAGACCCUGGGAGGAUAACGGACAGCCGCAUAUAGCCUUCUUUUACAUUGAGCUGGUCUGCAAUGUGUGGUUCACAUUUGAGCUGCUUGUGAGAUCAGUGGUAGCACCGAACAUCAUAGAAUUUGUAAAAUCCCCAGUCAACAUUAUAGACUUCAUAGCUACAUUAAGUUUUUACAUGGACGUAGUUGUAGAGUUGGCAGUCCUAAAGCGAAACGUCGAUAAGGCGGACAUUCUAGAAUUCAUCUCAAUAAUCAAGAUAUUGAGGCUGUUUAAGUUAACGAGGCAUAGUCCCGGACUGAAGAUUCUUGUACAUACGUUCAAGGCGUCUGCAAAGGAGCUGACGCUUCUGGUGUUUUUUCUCGUUCUGGGCAUUGUUAUAUUCGCCAGCUUAGUUUACUACGCGGAGAAGUCACAGGACAAUCCAGAUAACCAGUUUAAGUCGAUACCGCUUGGUCUGUGGUGGGCCAUCGUGACGAUGACCACGGUGGGCUACGGAGACAUGGCGCCCAAGACGUACUUGGGCAUGUUCGUGGGCGCCUUAUGUGCGCUGGCCGGCGUGCUCACGAUAGCCUUGCCCGUGCCCGUCAUCGUGUCAAACUUCUCCAUGUUCUACUCGCACACACAGGCGCGGUCAAAACUACCCAAGAAACGUCGCCGCGUGCUGCCUGUUGAGCAACCCCGUAGAAAGCGGGACGCCAGCGCCUCCAAUCGCCGCGUGAAUGCUGUGAAACACCCUGUAGUUCUGAAGGACUUGCCCGUUAACAGCAAAUUUGGUGUGAACGGCAUGAAUAUGAUCAGCUUAGCACUGCAGGGUCCUUCGAAUCUCCUUCGUCCACCAGUCGCCGCUGCACCGCUACAAGCCAGGGCACCUAUAGUCGAGAGUCCAAUAAUCAACACGCAAUGCGGCGCUAUUUCCCUGGCGUCUCUGCAACCACCUCUGAUGACCGUCCCGCCCCUGCAACCAAGACCUGCAACCACCGGCUCCCUAGACUUGAUGUUACCUUUGCAACCAAAACUGUUACCCGGUUACAAUCUGCAAUCAUCGUUUCUAUCCAGCACCCUCUCAACUGUACGCCCACCGGAUUUACCGAGAAACGGUAAAGCUGAUUUUUAUAAGCCCAGUGUUGAAAUUAUAGUCGAAAAAAGAGAAUCAAUAUCUGAUUCCUUGAAAGAAAUUAGUGAUGUAAACAUUAAUGAUAGUUUAAUAAGCUGUGAAAAUGUAGAUAGAGAUAUCAAUGUAAAUAAUUUAGAGGAAUAUGAAAUGAAUACUAUGAAUGAAGUAGAAUUAGAAGAAGAAAAUCAUAACGAAGAAGAUACCAGUUUAUCAAAAGAUGUAAUUAAUUCUAAUGUUAUAGAAGUUAGCAAAGUUGAUACAAGUCUCAAUUGUAGUUCAAAUGAGAACAGUCCUAAUAAUAAUUCUUACUAGUAGUAUUACCUGUUGUAA